AGUCUUCGGCAACACUGCACUGUGGCAAGGCGAAUAAUUUAGUUCACUUUUGUUCGGUCUAAUUUUGGUGGUAUCAAUUCUUUCACAGAGAAAUAGUAGCUUAAAAAUAUAACUUUUCUAACAAAGAGCAGUUUUAGUUUUUAUAAAGUGCGUUCAAUAAACCAAAGUUUAGUGUUUCAAAAUAAUAACAAUGGCACAACCUCAAAAGCCAGCGUAUCAAAAUAAAUUCAUAUAUGCCACCUUGCCACGCACCCAACGUGGGCAACCUAUUGUAUUAGGUGGCGAUCCUAAAGGUAAAAAUUUCCUCUACACUAAUGGAAAUUCGGUGAUUAUUAGAAAUAUUGAGAAUCCAGCCAUCGCUGAUGUCUACACGGAGCAUUCAUGCGCCGUCAAUGUGGCCAAAUAUUCGCCAAGCGGCUUCUACAUUGCAUCAGGCGACGCCUCCGGCAAAAUACGCAUUUGGGAUACCGUGAACAAGGAGCAUAUCUUGAAGAAUGAAUUCCAACCUAUUGGCGGUCCUAUUAAAGACAUCGCCUGGUCGCAAGACAAUCAGCGUAUUGUUAUUGUGGGCGAGGGUCGUGAACGUUUCGGCCAUGUUUUCAUGACCGAAACCGGCACAUCAGUGGGUGAAAUUAGCGGUCAAUCGAAACCGAUUAAUUCUUGCGACUUUCGUCCAGCACGUCCCUUCCGUAUUGUAACCGGCAGCGAAGACAACACCAUUGGCGUCUUUGAGGGUCCGCCAUUCAAAUUCAAAAUGACCAAACAGGAGCAUUCGCGCUUCGUGCAGGCUGUACGUUAUUCACCUGAUGGUAAAUUUUUCGCCUCGGCUGGUUUCGAUGGCAAAGUCUUCCUUUACGAUGGCGCCAACUCCGAUUUGAUUGGCGAAUUCGGUAGUCCUGCACAUAAGGGUGGCGUUUAUGCUGUUGCAUGGAAACCCGAUAGCACACAAUUGCUUACCUGCUCCGGUGACAAGACUUGCCGCUUGUGGAAUGUGGAAACACGUGAAUUGAUCACCGAAUUUGUAAUGGGCACCACCGUUGAUGAUCAACAAGUUUCUUGCUUAUGGCAAGGCGCACAUUUGCUCACCGUCUCCUUGUCGGGUAACAUUAGCUAUUUGAAUGUUGAUGACCCGUCAAAGCCACUGCGUGUAAUUAAGGGUCAUAAUAAGCCAAUCACUGUACUCGGUUUGAGCGAUGAUCGCAGCACCAUCUAUACGGGCAGCCAUGAUGGCGUAGUAACGAACUGGAAUUCGGGCAGUGGCGUGAAUGACCGCAUUAGCGGCGCCGGACAUGGUAAUCAGAUCAACGGCAUUGUCGCCUGGGGCGAUUUCGUCUACACCUGCGGCAUCGAUGACAGCCUGCGUCAAAUAAGCGUUGAAAGCAACAGCUAUACUGACUACGUUGUCAAACUGAAUUGCCAACCACGUGGUUUAUCGAUUUUCCGCAACGAAAAUAUAAUCGCGCUCGCUUGCGUCAAAGAACUGACACUUGUACAGGACAAUAAAAAGGUCUUCUCACUACCAAUCAAGUAUGAGGCAAGCUCGAUUUCUGCCAACCCCGAAACAUUGGAUGUAGCGGUGACCGGCGACGAUCACAAGGUGCAUGUUUACACACUUAAGGGCACCACGUUGGAGAAAAUCGAACUGCAGCACCUGGGACCGGUAACCGAUUGUUCGUACUCACCAGACAAUAAGUAUUUGGUGGCAUGCGAUGCGAAUCGCAAAGUCAUACUCUAUGCCGUCGAAGAGUAUAAUCUUGCGCACAACAAGGAAUGGGGCUUCCACAAUGCGCGUGUCAAUACCGUGGCUUGGUCACCAAAUUCGCUUUUAGUUGCUAGUGGUUCACUGGAUACUACCAUUAUUAUUUGGUCUGUAGCCAAUCCGGCCAAGCACACCAUCAUUAAAAAUGCUCAUCCACAAUCGCAAAUUACACGCUUAGUAUGGUUGGACAACAACACUGUGAUCUCUACUGGUCAAGAUUGCAAUACCAAAGUAUGGGAAGUUGAAACUAUUUAAGUUCAAAACUUAAAAUUAAGGAGGAGCGGAAAAACGCAACGACUAUAUUUAUUGAUUAUGACUAACCACACUUUAGCCGCCGUUUGCUUUGUUU